AUGAAAUCCCUUGAAAGUAGAAAUGGCCACCUGGACCUGUUUGUUCGCUUCCUUCAUGGCCUCUCUCUGGAGUCCAACCAGAGACUUUUAGGAGGCCUGCUGGGUCGGACAGAUAACAGUCCAGAAAUCUUCCAGAGAGCCAUUAACAACCUGAAGGAGAUGGACAGUGAUAAAACCUCUCCUGACAGAAGCAUCAACAUCUUUCGCUGUCUGACAGAGAUGAACGACCACUCAGUUCAUCAGGAGAUCCAAGAGUUCCUGAAGUCAGAGAACAUAUCAGAGAAGAAACUCUCUGUGGUCCACUGCUCAGCUCUGGCCUACAUGCUGCAGAUGUCAGAGGAGGUUCUGGAUGAGUUGGACCUGGAGAAGUACAACACAUCAGAUCAGGGACGACUGAGACUGAUUCCAGCUGUGAGGAACUGCAGAAAGGCUCGGAUUUUAAUGGACUGGUCUGGUAAUGGUUACUGAUUUUACAUCUGGUCAUCUUAAUGUGAGAAAUUAUAGUUGAUAAUUAUUGUAAUAAGUUUGCAAAUACAAA